UUCACAGUGUGACGUUUAGCUUCGGAAAACUCCAAACCACCGUCUCACCACCGCGGUUGGUGUUGUUUAGGACUUCCGAAGUCCUACUUAUUCGUGGUAGGGUGGGGGGCGUCUUAAGAUACCAUUUGACCGAAAACAAUCCCCCAAUUUCGAGUUGGAAAAGUCCCAUUCGAGCCAGACAACUUCCAGUGUGCUCUCCCCCCGGUGUGUCUGAGAGCCCUCCCGGUCCGCAGUCUCCUUGCCAAGCAGCUUAUGGAUGCGAGGUUCUCCGAGUUGUUUUCUUCACAUAAUGGACGCGACUGCGGCGGUUAUCGGACUGAAGUGAACACGGGGAACGGUUGCGGGCUGACUCCCGCCACCAAAAGGGCUUCUGGCAAGAAGAAGAGACCGAAUGCGCGACACGUUCGCAGCUUCAAACCGAGCUACAACACCUCUUAUCUACCCCCAGAGGUAGAAGAAGGGAAUAUAGAGUAUAAGCUGAAGCUCGUGGACCCUACACAAAGCCGUUUCGAGCACCUGGUGACGCAAAUGAAAUGGCGGCUCCAGGAGGGUCGCGGUGAAGCCGUCUAUCAGAUUGGGGUGGAGGAUAACGGCAUGUUGGUGGGACUGUCUGAGAAGGACAUGAAGGCGUCCCUCACCACCCUCCAUGAUAUGGCUGAGAAAGUUGGGGCUGACAUCACUGUCCUUCGACACGCAGAGGUGGACUACGACGCUGAUCAGCCUCUUACCAUCGCCGAAGUCUUAAUUCGUAAGGUGCCGGAUGACCAGCAGUUCCUGGACCUGCGAGUAGCCGUACUUGGUAAUGUAGACUCGGGCAAGUCGACCCUGCUGGGUGUUUUGACGCAAGGCGAACUGGAUAAUGGACGAGGAAGAGCAAGACUGAACCUCUUCAGGCACCUCCAUGAAAUCCAGACAGGGCGCACGUCUAGCAUCAGCUUUGAGAUCCUUGGUUUCAACAGUAAAGGAGAGGUUGUGAACUACAGCGAGUCUCGAACAGCAGAGGAUAUUUGCGAGAGUGCCUCUAAAAUGAUCACAUUCAUUGAUCUGGCGGGCCACCACAAAUACUUGAAGACCACCAUCUUUGGCCUCACCAGCUACUGCCCUGAUUUCGCCAUGCUCGUCGUCGGUGCAAAUACCGGGAUAGUUGGCACGACGCGGGAGCACCUUGGCCUGGCCAUGGCCCUGAAGGUGCCCAUCUUCAUUGUCAUCAGCAAAUUGGACCUGUGCACGCGGGCCACUGUGGAGCGAACGGUGCGGCAGCUGGAGCGAAUCCUCAAACAGCCGGGCUGCAACAAGGUGCCCAUGCUCGUGGCCAACACGGACGAUGCCGUCGCCGCGGCGCAGCAGUUUGCCCAGUCGCCCAAUAUUACACCCGUCUUCACCGUGUCCAGUGUGUCCGGAGAGAACCUGGACCUGCUCAAAGUCUUCUUCAACAUCAUCCCCCCACUCAGCAACAGCAAGGAGCAGGAGGAGCUCAUGCAGCAGCUCACUGAGUUUCAGGUGGAUGAGAUCUACACGGUGCCCGAAGUGGGGACUGUGGUGGGCGGUACUUUGUCCAGUGGUAUUUGUCGUGAGGGAGACGAUCUGGUGGUCGGACCCACAGACUCUGGCCAGUUCCACAAGUUGACCGUUGGGAGCAUCCAGAGGAACCGUUCCGCUUGCAGGGUGCUCCGGGCCGGACAGGCUGCCACGCUGGCGCUUGGCAACUUUGACCGCACGUUGCUGCGAAAGGGAAUGGUGAUGGUGAGUCCAGAGAUGGACCCGACCAUCUGCUGGAUAUUUGAGGCCGAGAUUGUGCUGCUCUUCCACUCCAAGACCUUCCACAAGGGCUUCCAGGUGACCGUGCACAUAGGCAACGUGAGACAGACCGCCACUGUGGAGGCCGUCUAUGGCAAAGAGGAGCUAAGGACGGGGGAGAAGGCGUGCGUCCAGUUCAAAUUCCUCAAGCAUCCCGAGUACUUGAAACUGGGGGCCAAGGUGCUCUUUAGGGAAGGCGUCACUAAGGGCAUCGGCCACGUCACCAAGCUGCAUCCCAUCGUGCAGUACCGCCACGCCCCAGAGAGCGACGAGGACGAAGACGACGACUAGAAAUUGAGCGCGCUCCCGUCCGUCCCUGAAAAACACAACUGCUGUCUUUUUUUAACAGACAAGCUUCCUCCAAAGGCCAGUUUGCACUCUUUGCCUCACCCAUAUGAUGUAAAUAAGUUGGCAGUUAUCGAUCGCCUUGCCUUUAUACCUUUAAGAUACUUGUAAAGCCAAUACAAUGUAGCCUCACAAUACAUUCACACAAUAAUACAUUCACACAAUAAAAGACUUGCACUGUCAUGAAAUGAAAGUCAACCACUCAUUCAUACUUACAGCUGAAUGAUUAAUUUGAUAAUUAUAAUAAUAAUAUAAAAUAUAAAUAAAUAUUACAAAACUAAUUUAAUUCAUUUGAAAGAGUAUUGCCAUAUGUUGUAAAAACUAUGAAAGAAGUCAAUGAUGGUGUUGUGGUACACUCGUCUGACUUUGGUCGUGGGUUCAGUUCCUACUCAGUGACUAUGUGAAUGUGAGUGUGAAUGGUUGUCCCUGUCUAUAUGUGCCCUGCGACUGUCUGGCGACCAGUUCAGGGUGUAUUCCCGCCUUUCGCCUGUAGUCAGCUGGGAUGGGCUCUGGCGCCCCGUGACCCUAACUAGGAUAAGCGGUGUUGAAAAUGGAUGGAUGGAAAAUAUGAGAGAAGAAAAGUGGAAAAACUCAGCAUCUAAAAUAUUACACUCGUAAAAAUUAUAAUACAUUUCAGCUAAAUACUACAUUCACAAAGUAAAAAAAAAAAACACACACACAUAAGAGAACCCACUUUAAGGUAUUUUUCACAGAAUUGUUUUUGUAAAUUUUGGGGGGGAGCAUCACAAUUAGAUAUUUCUUCCCAAAUUGUUCUUGCCAUAUUUUGGUUGGGGAACAUUGUAAAUUUUUCCCCAAUUUGUAUGAGCACAUUUUUGGAGAAAAAACAUAACAACUAGAAAUCUUUCCCACAUUUUUCUCAAAUAUUUGGGGUAAAAGAAAUCAUCACAAUUACAUAUUUUUCCCAAAAUUGAAAUCAUCACAAUAACAUAUUUUCCCCAAAUAAUUGCUGCAAUAUUGAGGGUGGGGAGAAUCAUCACAAUUAGAUAUUUUCCCCAAAUUGUUUGUUGCAAUAUUUGGGGGGAAAAAUAAUCAGUUCAAUAUUUUAUUCACACGUCACUGUGGGCUCGAUCACUUUUAUGCUGAUAUUUGCGUCGAUGAGUGUUUUUGUGUGACAAAAUCCCAAUUUUAACUCGCCUUUAAACUCAUCCAGUGAUUGAGCUUUAAACUCCCACCUGCAGGAGUAAUGUGGAGGCGUUUACACCGCAGUGCACACAUAUUGGGGAGGGGGAGAAGCUGCGCUCACUUGCACUGACACACACACACAACCUUCCUACAGAUGGUGUUGACACAGCUGAUGCAACUGUGAAGCGUUCUUAAAUACACACAGCAGCUCGUCUUUGUCCAAACAGCAUAAUGAUUUGACUGAAGACUGUAAAGGGGGAUAUAGGCGGAACAUUCCACGCCUCAGAAUGAUAAUAAUGGCGCUGCCGAUCUGUUGGACAUCAUCCACAAACCAGGAAGAAGUAGCCAACAAACAUGCCCCACAAUUCUUAUAUUUGUCACAUUUAUUGCCAGUUCAGCCUCAGCUAAGGUUCUCGAGUGAGUGUGUUUUAUUAGACAGCAUUGAUACAAAAAAGAAAGGGCAACCCAAGACGUGCGAAUUUGAAAUUAAAAACCAUUAUGUUUCAAAGGUAUUUGCCGCAAGUUCUUGAAGUUACUAAAGUUGCACGCACCCGCACACACAGUGCCUCAUAGAAGUGCCUUCCAACACAACACAGGUCAUUCAAGUAGUAAACUCUUGGUGCUAAAAUACAAACAUUUGUACCAAAUCGUUUGACUGUUAAGUACUACUCCAAAUCAAGACUACUGUGGGGCUUACAAUAACUGUCUUAUUACUGUCUUAUAUUACUGCCGCACUGUCACAUCAACUUUAUAGUAACACACCCCACUCUAUCAUUGUGUUGUGUUGUUUUUUCAAGAGCAUGUUUUGUAUUAUAUAUCUGGUUAUACAUUUGUGUUUUUGCGCAUCUCAGGUGUAUUUCUAGUAAUUUUUACAUUUUACAAUCAAACCCUGGUUGAAGCUUUAUGCCUUGUUUAUCCCAUUUUUAAUGGAAAUGUGUAUAAUCACGUGUGAACUAUGUACAGAUCCACUUGGUGUAUUAAAUAAAGCUUUUAUCACA